AUGAGUGAACAUCACUAUCCACUAGUCGAACCAAAUUACAGGACCGACGAAGCUCGGCACGAUCGUGAAGAACAGGAUCAAGAAUGGCAUACCGACUUUCAUGAUUGGGCAAACAGAGCUCAAAACGAGUUCUCCCAGGCAGUAUCCACCUACUUGAAAGGAAGUACUCGAAAGGCAUUGCGAUACAAGCCUAGCAAGCCAAGACUUUCUAAACCCUGCUAA